AUGGACUCUUUCGACAAUUUUCAAUAUGAUUCUACCUCUUCCUACGGCGGAAUGGGCAUUGUAGAUGACACGUCUUCAAUUUAUACAGCCAAUACUCAGGAUAAUGCCUCUUCGGUUGACUUGUCCAGCCUUUCACUCUCAGAGUCUCGUCACGGAGACCAUACGAACGGAAAUGGCCAUACCCACUCUCACUCUAUAAAGAGCGGCUUGGAUGAAGAUUUUGAUGCAGUUUUGGAUGAUUUGAAGGACGAAGGUGCUGUUGAUUUGCCACCGCAUGCUUGCAGUUACUGUGGUAUCCAUUCUCCAGCAUCAGUUGUGAAAUGCCUCGUUUGCUCUAAAUGGUUUUGUAACUCGCGCGGGAACACCUCAGCUUCACACAUCGUCAAUCAUCUUGUACGCGCAAAGCACAAGGAAGUCAUUCUCCAUGCAGAAAGUCCCUUAGGAGAAACGACCCCCGAAUGUUAUAAUUGCGGCAGUAAAAAUGUCUUCAUGCUCGGGUUCAUUCCAGCCAAAAGCGAUACUGUCGUAGUUCUGCUAUGCAGACAACCUUGUGCAGCGAUUUCUAAGGAAAUCCAGUGGAACGCAGCACUCUGGGCUCCACUCAUCGAUGACCGAUCCUUUCUUUCCUGGCUCGUCAAACCACCCACUGAAACCGAGCAGCUACGUUCUCGUCAAAUUUCAUUCGCCCAAAUCAACCGACUCGAAGAUCUCUGGCGGGAAAAUGCCAACGCCACUCUCGAAGACUUGGAGAAGCCAGGUGUAGACGACGACCCUCUGCCCAUCAUCUUGCGAUACGAAGAUGCGUACCAGUACCAGAACAUAUUUGGUCCUCUGGUGAAGAUUGAGGCUGAUUACGAUAAGAGACUCAAAGAAAGUCAGACUCAAACGGACAUCGUAGUCCGUUGGGAUCUGGGUCUCAAUCAGAAACGGGUCGCGUGGUUUUGCCUUCCAAAGUUGGAGAGCGGUGAGGUUAGGUUGGCGGUUGGUGAUGAACUCAGGUUAAGAUACAAUGGGGAACUACAUAAGGCCUGGGAAGGUGUCGGGCAUGUCAUCAAGAUUCCGAACAACGUAUCUGACGAAGUUGGUCUUGAGUUGCGUAGAACCGAGGGAGUUCCCUCAGACUGUACUCACAACUUUGCUGCGGAUUUCGUAUGGAAGUCCACCAGUUUCGACAGGAUGCAAUUGGCUAUGAAGACCUUUGCUGUAGAUGAGAAAAGUCCCAGUCUACAGUAUCAUAAGCUCCUUGGCCAUGAACUAGAGCCUCAGAACUUGCGUACAACAAUGCCAAAGCGUUUCUCUGCUCCUGGUCUUCCGGAACUUAAUCACUCACAGAUGUUUGCCGUCAAAAGCGUUCUUCAGAAGCCCAUCAGUCUUAUUCAAGGUCCCCCCGGUACAGGAAAGACUGUUACUUCUGCCUCUAUCGUCUACCACCUCGCAAAGAUGAACCCAGACCAGGUUCUCGUCUGUGCUCCAUCCAAUGUCGCCGUCGACCAGCUCACCGAAAAAAUCCACGCCACUGGCCUCAAAGUCGUCCGUCUCACAGCCAAGUCUCGUGAAGCCCUGGACUCGAGCGUCAGCUUCCUCACACUUCAUCAGCAAGUGUCGAAUAGCACGACCCACGUUGAGCUACAGAAGCUUAUCAUGCUCAAGAACGAGCAAGGAGAGCUGAGCAGUAACGACGAGAGGAAGUAUAAAACGCUGAUUAGGCAAUGCGAGAAGGAGAUUCUCACUGCUGCGGACGUCAUUUGUUGCACCUGUGUCGGUGCUGGAGACCCGAGAUUGAGCAAGUUGAAGUUUAGAACGGUUUUGAUUGAUGAGGCGACCCAGGCUGCUGAGCCAGGCGAAAUGUAUGAUUCCCCUGGUAUUAGGAUGCAAGCAGUCAUCAUGAACAAGAAGGCUGCUCGCGCCGGUCUUACUCAGUCUCUCUUCGAGCGCCUCGUCGUCUUGGGGAACAGACCGAUCCGACUCCAAGUCCAAUAUCGCAUGCACCCGUGCCUUUCGGAAUUUCCAUCAAACAUGUUCUAUGAAGGUACCCUGCAGAACGGUGUCACGGCUCCUGAACGAUUGAGGAAAAAUGUCGAUUUCCCGUGGCCUGUUCCCGACACUCCCAUGUUCUUCUAUCAAAACUUGGGUCAGGAGGAAAUUUCGAGUAGUGGAACGUCGUUUUUGAACAGAACGGAAGCAUCCAACGUCGAGAAGAUCGUUACAAAAUUUUUCAAAUCUGGCGUUGUUCCCAACCAGAUAGGUGUUGUCACCCCGUACGAAGGUCAACGUUCGUACAUUGUCAACUAUAUGCAGUUCAACGGCUCCUUGAAAAAGGAUCUGUACAAGGAGAUUGAAGUCGCCAGUGUCGACGCAUUCCAAGGCCGAGAGAAGGAUUACAUCAUUCUCAGUUGUGUCAGAAGUAAUGAGCAUCAGGGUAUAGGCUUUUUGAACGAUCCUAGGCGUCUCAAUGUCGCCCUAACUCGAGCCAAGUACGGCGUUGUCAUUCUGGGAAAUCCCAAAGUGUUGAGCAAGCAUCCCCUUUGGCAUUAUUUGCUCACGCACUACAAGGAAACUAGUACGUUAGUCGAAGGCCCUCUCAGUAACUUGCAGCCCAGUAUGAUCCAGUUCAGCAAGCCCAGGCGAUCUCUUGGGAAGUCCAUGGAUCAGUUCCGCCGACAUGAAAUCAACGCGAGGGAUUAUCUAGGCAACCAAGGUGGUGGGGGACCCAUGCCUGACGCACGUAGCUCAGGAACUCCUAGUCGCUUCGACGCGAGUUUCUACCGCACUCAUGAUGCCCUUGGAUACAUCCCAUCUGACGUCCAAUCACUUCGCUCACAAGCAACCUAUUCUUCGGGCCUUCCAAUGUUCACCGCUACUGGACCUUUCAGUGCAAACGUCCCUCGAGGAACUGGUGCUAAACGGAGCACCUAUGGAAGUUAUGCAUCCUCUAUCAUCUCUCAGGAUGCUGGCCCAAGCGUUACGGAUAACAGCAGCGUCAUCGGCAGCACUACGGGUGGCGACCAUGCCAACAAUUUGACUUUUUCUCAAAGCGACCGUUUGAGGCGCCGAACCUCAUUUGGAUCCUCUUCCGUCGCUGGCACGGAUAUGGGUAGCAUCUCGCAAUACGAUUAUAAAGCCCAAGACGAAUCCGGCGAUUUGGAUGACAUGAAGUCUCAGUACACGGGUACUCAGUCUGGCGUUACCGUGUUUUAA